AUGCGUGAGGAAGCCUCGACAUCAGUACAGGAGCCUGGCGAACCCUCGUCUGAGGCCGGGGUUGGAGCCGAGCGAGAACGCUCAGAAACAACGUCCACGAACGGAUCACAGCCGCGCUAUUAUCGCUCUUUGGACAUUGGAGUCCGGCAAGGCCCAGACGCGGAGCCGGAGGCGCCUACACUUAUUGCCGAUACGUUGGAUGGUCCAGAGCCUCUAGAGAUGGCCCGGCUGGAAGCGCUACAAACCCUCGAUGCAUGCCGCCAUGUGAUAACGUCCCUCGAGUUGACGAGAUUACGCAAAUCCCGCAGUGGCCUCUACAAUUGGAUGGCGUUUUGGGAGCGGCUGUACAAGCGCUCAUUCGCGUCUAUGCUGUCUGCUCGGGUCAUGGACGCUUUAGUUAAAGUUGAUGUUUUAUUCCGCACCGUUGCCUAUGAUCUCCAUCAGCUUGCACAAAAGACAGAGCUCGCUAUUGUGAGUGCUUCCUCCGAGAAAGAGAUCAUUCACGUCCUACAAAGGAUGGAAGACGAGGUCAAUGCACGGCGGAGACGAAGACGUCGCAAAGCCAAGCGUAUCCUCGAGAAAAUGAGGGUCAAUAUCGAAGCAAUCCCGGUCAAAGUCAGUGACGAGCUUUGCGACGACAUGAAACGCGGCGUAUUUGCCCUAGACGUGUAUUGUGACUACCACCCAGGGGACGAGAGCGCGGAACGAGCUGAGCGCAUGUGGUCCCAGCAUUUCAUCAGUCAACCUAUUGGUCUAGUCGCGGUUUCUCCAUUCCUCUACCGGCAAUGGCGCGAAACUAUGCUUGUCGACAUUCCUCCUUUGCCUUUGACGGCGUAUCAUUCGAAUACUCCUCGGCCUCAAUGCCCUCAGCGGAGUGUUUCUAGGGCUUGGACGGAUGAAGUGAACGCGGAAGAUAGUGGUUGGCCACUCCGGCCUGCUUCCGCAUGA